AUGGAGCAGCAGCGACCACAACAGCAAAAGCAACAGAAUCAAGAGCAGAAGGGAGCCAAAUUCCAUUGCCAGUUCGCAGGCUGCAACCGCUCGUAUCUGAGAAGCGAGCAUCUGAAUCGCCAUGCAUUGAUUCGUGUUGAUCUCCUAAAUGCCCAUCUGCGGCGCCACGAGAAGCGCAAAUCUACGGCAGAGGGCGUAGAGCAACCGCCUGGUGCUUCGGAUGCUACUCCUUCUGUUCAGACGCCUGUUCUCACGUCUCCGUCUCCGUCUCCGUCAGCAAGCCUUGCAAUCGCGAGUAGCUCUCCGUCAGAGUCGAAGUCUUCGUCUGCAACAGCGGAAUGGCAUCUCGACCAGAACCGCUUCGAUGGGCCUGUAGGCCAGCCUCCUACGACCUACAACGAUCUUGCCCGUCCAGCCGUAACCCAUUUUCCAGCAAUGGCGCCUCUCACGCUUCCUACGCCUCGAACGGAUCCUAUUAGCCAUAUAUUCAAUCAUACGUCGACAAACGCACAGCCAACGUCAACCGUUCAUACUCCCCAUGGCUCAAUGCCUCCGGUCAACCAUUUACCCCAGCUUAUAAGCCAGCAGCAGUCCCAGCCUUUCCUCGCGAUCCCGGCACCGUUCGACGACUAUCCAUGGCUCUUCCACAGCACUAGUCUCUUCGAUCUGCCUUCAGACGAUUAUCUCAACCUCCAUUUUGGCGACACGACAGAUCAUACGUCACCACCAGACAUAUACCUUCCGUCCGUCGAUUCGCAAUCUCCCCGAUAUGAGGCUCCCCAGAUUACCUCCUUCGACCAUGAGAGGCUCCUAAACCAUUGCUCUGACCUUGUGAACUCGCCGUUAAAGGACCCUAUAAAGACGAACCAUAUUCUCCGUUUAGCGCUAGAUUACUGCGACAUAUACAUGCCCUUCUUCCACCGACCGACACUCAAUGUCUCGCGGCUACCUUCUGUGUUACUCCUCGCUUUAUGCAGUCUAGGUGCCUUUCUAAGCAAAACCCAUGAAUUUUACGAGUUGGGGAAAUUGCUCCAUAAACAGAUAUGGGCUUUGACGGUCGAGGUAGGGGUUGUCCUUGAGCAUAUAUGUACAUACGCCAUGGCCCGCCACGAACACGAGAUGUCAGAGAUCGUGCACGGGAUUAUUGUCACGCUUGCACGGCGUAACAACCUCAUGACGGAGAGCCCUAGUCGAGAAGGCGGCGCGAGGCAGGCCCUAGAUGUAAAGUGGAGGGAAUGGGCACAGCGGGAAUCAGUUAUCAGUCGGCAGCCACUCUGGGAUGCACCCACCGCUACGAAAUGGGAAGAGGAAAUGCGUCAGCUAAAGAAAACAAACCGAUCACGGUACUUUAGCUUGGACUCUGUUGUCCAGUCGAUCUUGUCAAUCAAAGACGCAGAGCAUAUGCGCGAAAUCGUGCAUUGGCACAGCUCCCCUAGCCCCCUGUCUUUACAACUUCUCAUCCACGGGAUCGCUUCAGCGAUAGGCGAUGCGAAGUACCGAUCCGUAUCGUCCUCCAGCAGCCUGGUAAUUCGAGAACUACAAAGACUGGAGUUCGAUAGUGCCCUGGCCUAUUGGCGAGACCAAUUCGACCAGCUCCCUGGUCCGGAUCAGCGGCGUCAGUUAUCGUGGUGUGCCCUGGUCAUGUACGACUUCGCCGCCGUGUUACUACGUAACAAUUUGUCCGACAUUCAGAUGGCAGCGGGAAGUGCAUUUUCCUCAGGGCGGACAGUUACGCCGCAGGUAGCACAAGCGGCAUACACGCGUCUAGUCUCCACGAAUCCUGUCUGUCACGAUUCCUAUCUACACGCCCUUGAAGUGGUCGGCUUAUGCCUUGAAGAUACAAGUGGCAACGGCGGACUCGGGACGCCCUUAUCACAACCCCGGCCGCUAUGGCAGACAUACUGUGCCUUCCUCGGGCUGCUCGUCCUAUGGGCGCGUGCCCUAGGGUUAGAAAAUAAAGAACAAUCCCGUGUUGCCUCUAAGGUUGGACUUCGGCAGUUUUCUCCCCGGCUGGUCCCGCCAACUGCUGCAACCAUUCUGGCCAAUAUGCACCACCGGGAACAGGCACAGUUUUCUGCUGCCUCGGUCGAAGUGCAAGUGUUGAAGAGUGAGCUAAGGGAGUUGAUAAGUACUGUUAGUGAUCGACUAUCGGCCAGCUCAUGGGAGAUAUGUAAGUUCAUUUCACCAGUACUCAGCUCGUCAUUAUAUAUGUGGCUAACUUAG